AUGGCGGCAUAGGCUUCCAGUCUGGAAAUCUCCACGAGGCUCCUGUACGGGGCCGUUGGCUUGUGUGGUGGAGGACAGUGGCUGCUGUGUGCUUUUCUCUUGAAAGGUAAAAGAAAUCUGCCAGGAUGUCUUAUAUGCUUCCACAUUUGCACAAUGGCUGGCAAGUCGACCAGGCCAUCCUUUCUGAGGAAGACCGUGUGUUGGUUAUCCGCUUUGGACAUGACUGGGAUCCAACAUGUAUGAAGAUGGAUGAAGUUUUGUACAGCAUAGCUGAGAAGGUGAAAAACUUUGCAGUGAUUUAUCUGGUGGAUAUAACAGAAGUCCCUGAUUUUAAUAAAAUGUACGAGUUAUACGAUCCCUGUACAGUCAUGUUCUUCUUCCGGAACAAGCACAUUAUGAUUGAUUUAGGCACAGGUAACAAUAACAAGAUUAACUGGGCAAUGGAAGACAAGCAGGAGAUGAUUGAUAUUGUGGAAACCGUCUACAGAGGUGCCAGGAAGGGCAGAGGUCUAGUGGUGUCUCCCAAGGACUACUCCACCAAGUACAGAUACUGAAGCCGUUACCGCCUCUUGAUACCGGUGCUUUUUAGACAUACGUUUUGUGCUAAUGCCGACUUGGACAGUAAGAACUGGCAUGACUUCAGACGGAUGAGCCACUCUACAGUUUAUACCUCUUGACAAGUAGGACGUGUUAUGAGCUUUACAAGCUUCCCGAUCCGAGAGCUGGGAAAGGGCUCAAGCCUUAAAUAUCUUAUUUAUGUUAACAAAAGUCUUUGUCCUUUGUAUCGUGUAUAAUAAACCUGGAAUUUGUAGUUUUUGUUUGAGAAAGCAGUGUGUCUGACAUAUGACCAUCCUACGAUUCUCAGUUCUGUUCCUUGAUGCCACUUCAAGACUCGGAGUAGGAACGGGACGGGUCCUGAAUUUAGUACUGCAUCUGCUUUGGUUGUCUAACCUGAC